AUGACAGCGAUUAAAGAAGACGACGAAGCGAAAACACCAGGGUAUAUCGUUCGUCCAAGAGAAGCGUAUCGUUCACGUCGUUUGGACGAUCGUUCACGAGAAUCCCACGGAGCACGGGACUUGUCUCCACACACGCACACGGACCCCGUGCUUUUUCCCCAACGAAAACGAAGAAAGCUUCUCUACCUGCCGCACACCGCCGGGACGGGGACUCCGCAGAGAUUCAAGGUGUUUCCGACCUCUUGGCGAGCAAACAAUCGUGGCGGCCGCAAUGGAAUUCCUCGACGAGAUCAAAGCGUUGAGGGAAAUCAACGGCAGCGCGAUUCUCAGCUUCGUCGAUGGCGAACGUGGAACAGUGGCAUCGUUUACAUUUUCAUGGCUUCGGAGCGUCCCAUCCAGGGGCGAAGAUUCCAUACAACCCCCGCAAUUCGACUUCGCCUGAAGCUUCGUGAAAAAUAAUGAAAAGCUGACAAGGUUAGUAACAAUUUCUUUAAUUUUUCAGUUUCUAUUUUAUUUUAAACUUAAACUAAUGGAUUCACUUUUCACGUUUUCUUGCGAUAGAGGCUGCAUUUUGUUUUUACAAUUCUACUCAUAUAUCGUUUAAGAUCUACGUCGAUCACUAGCGGAUAGGGCAUUUUAUUUUCAACAUCAAAAAAGUUUAUACGUUAACAGGUUUCUAUUUGAACUAAUAAUAAACAAAGUGACCGAGUCUUGCACAUAUGUAUUUUUUUUUUUUAACACGUUUACAUUUUUGACAUACCUUCACACAUCUGUUCGACACAUUUUAUUGGGGCCCGCUGCUCCCCCCUCCCCCUAGCUCGAGUACCGCGGGGUUGCUAAGCCCGUACUGUAGCUAUGUACGAUCAAACAUAGCUACAGACCCUGAGGACAAGUUCGAAGUAUCUUUGCUGCAUUGCUUCUUUUUUAUGUGCACUUUCUAAGAAUUUUUGUAACAUAUUUCUAUCUAUAGUAAAGGCUGGAUAAGUGCAAGAUAGGAUUGACUGGAUAAAUGGAAGAUGACUAUCCCCAUCACUGAAGGGUUUCCCCUUAACUCUUUCCUCUUUCUUUUCACUCUCUGUCCUUUUCUACAUUCGACUCUAGCCAAAUGUAAACACAGAAUAGAAACCUCGACUGGCUAACUGCAAUGUUUGAGUCCCGAUUUUCUUGUACUUGUCCAGUCUUUACUCGUUUACUGUAUUACCAAAGUAAUUUGGAUGUGUACUUGCUUCUGCGCGUGGAUAAAACCCAGCGUAAAUGGUUGGCAAUAAAUAACGAUAAUAAACGAUUUCUCUAACUCUCCCUCUGAAAUUCGGAAUGGGUUAAAACGACCGUGCUUCGUAAACCCGGUGUUA